ACUCGGACUCGAACUCGAACUCGCCUGCUCUCGUUCUGGGGUUCGAUUUGGAGUGCGGUUGGGGGAAGCCGCGGCGCGGCGCGUGGUGAUUCGUUGAGCCACGGGGGCGGCUAGGGUUUGGAUUAGUCGGGGGGUACGGUGGGAGUUGAGGAGCAGCGGAAGAAGGGGUGCGGUUGAGUUGAGGAAUUCGCCGGAUUUUGGGGGGCGCGUGCCGCCGACUCGCCGAGGUCGUGGGCUGGCGAGAGCACGGGGGAACGACCUCGGCAGCGCCCAGUCGGGCGCGGGGCGGCGACCGUGGGGCCGCCGCAAUCGAGUUGGGGGCGACAGCGACGGCGGCGCGAGUCCGAUUGAACGCGGCACACAGGCACCUAGGCACGUUACCAAUGGUAAUUCAGAGCCUUCGCAACUUUUUCAGUGACCUGACCUAUUAUCAUGAGAUAGACCUUGCAAACAUGACACCUGAGGUGAAAAAGGCUGUUACAGACCAAAGAAUGAAGCGGUACAAAAUUAUCUGUUACUGUGGUACAGCGAUUAUGGUGGGGACUGAUAAAGCAGCUCUGCUCAACAGGGUCUAUCAAUACAACCAUACAGCUGCACAGAUAUGCACGAUAUACCUCACGAUCGCAUUGGUUUCUAUGCUACUAGGCAUUAUCGCCUCUUCUGGUCCCAACUCCGCGCCUUGUGCAAUGCCAGUUGCAUGGAAUGGCACUUUGCAAGUGUUUCUGUACCUGAAUGCGUACUUCCAUUUAAGUAUUAUGGAGGUUUAUCCAGAGUUUCUACACCUAACAAUAUUGUUUAUGGUCACAUCCGUGCUUUUUGGCAUUUAUUGGUCUUUCUGUGCACGAGAUCCCACAGUGCGUUUGUUGGACGCUGCAAAUCAUGAGUAGGUUCCUCUACAUACUCUCAAGGGCUGGGUCGGUAGGGUACAUCAAAUCCUGAAUCGCGAAUGUAUGCCUUUGAAGACUAGUUAUGUAAUCAAGAAAUGAUUUAAUUUCUGAAAUUUGGGAAAUGAGCUUGGGUGUACACUUAUCGUGACUUGAUGUGCCAAAUGAUGAUGUGAUGGUAUGAGUUAUCUGGUAUUAUUCAUGAUUUAGUUGCCUA